AUGGGGCAGCCAUUGGUCACACAAGAGAACUGCUGGGAUAUCUACCUCCAGCUGCUCAGUGGAUUCUUGAAACUUGAUCAGAUGCACACCAUCAACAAGGGAUUUGACAGCAGAUGGAGAUAUACAUUGGUUAUGGCUGAGCACAACUACAAGAACAAUAAGAUGGAACUAUUGCCUGGGCUCCAGGAUUUAAAUGCCAUAGAUGAAUAUCUGGGAGGCAUGGGUGCAUGCUGGCAACUCCUGCCAGCAUUCAUGUGCCAGCUAACACAGAAUAUAGGUCAGCUGCUACACAAUCACAGCAGGAUAAAAAUAUGCAAGGUUUUCAACUGGACCGGAACGUGUCGGGCAGCAGAGGGAGUUGGUUGUCCAGGGGACAAGCUUUCUGAGUGUCAGGGGUAA